AUGUUAAGUUUACUCAAAAGGGAAUCUACUAUGAACAACAACACUGUACUUGACUGGAAAGAACCUACAGCCCAAUGUUGUUGCGGUAAUAAAUUAUAUUUACCACCUGAUGAAUGUGGUAACUUCACUGGAAGUAGUAUCAACCUCAUUAAUGAUACUCCAAUAGAAUUAUGGGAAAGUAACAGCAUUAGCGAAAACUUAUUGCUGGACUUCACUGAUAAAAAUAAGGGAAACACAAUAUUAUUCCCAACAGAAGAUUUGGCUGACUUACCCUGGUAG